GAAACGGCGAAAGAAUUUACACAGCUACACCGCUUCUCUCUCUCAGCUAUUAGAGGUCUCAGACGAGACUUCCUUCUUUCUACUAAUACAUAUUACAAUAAUAAUAAUACACCUGCAACCUAUGUUUCUCUGUCGCAACAAAUGGAGUUGAAUCCAGGUAGAGUAGGCAGUAGAUCACGGCGAUCAAUACCUGUGCGCGUUGCUGAUCGCGGAGCAAACUGGUCGGCUCCGCUUCUGUCGCUUCUCCUUCUCCUUCUCCUUCUAAUGGGGUUCAUGGGUGGCGUUAGCGCUACAUCGCAGGAUGGCACGAAACAUGACCGUACAAUGAGAAUUAGCGGGCGCACAUCGUCGCAGCGAGAGCGGAGAAGUCACGUUACCGGUGCGCCGCUGUCUCCACUGCAGGCGUACAUAUAUUCGCACGCUGCAUCUGUUGAAGCUCUCGUCGUCACGGCAGACUCAUUCGCCGGCUCGUCCUCGACAGACGAGCCGGACAUAUCAUCUCCAUCUUCAGAAAGAGAUUCUUUCAACACGAGGAGGGAAAAGCACGACAAAGAAUUGCGCUCGACUCGAGCACGGCAGGUAGGCAGCGACACGCAAAGAACAAUGUUUCCACUACAAAACAUGGAAAAAGAACACACACGUCGCGUGAUGGAAUCGCCGUCGUCGUCGUCGUCUUCCACUGGCUUCAUCGCCGGCUCUCGCGGUUCGGCACGUGUGGCGUCGCUCAGCGGCCGCUACGUCGUGCUCUCUAGAACCGUGGCGGCGCCAGUGCGGGGCGUGCAUGGUGCGUUACGCGACAGCGUAUUUCCCGUCUCUCUGCGUCGAAUGACGGGUGGUGCCAACGCUAGCGACGGUGCGCUCGUCACGCCCCUUUCCGCCUCGACGCUGCCACGACAGGACAAGAAGGAGAACUCAAUGAGCCCUUUUUUGUUUGCACGUCCUCGUGGAGCGGGGGUCCGAUCGUCACGCGUGUUUCCGGAGGAGGCGCUUCGCCGUCUGGCAAACAUAGCGAGUGCUUACCCCAGAGUGAAUGUGCAGCGCGCUACAGAAACGCGUGUGCCGCUUGUCGACGGAGCGCACCGCCGCAGCGUAGAGGCUGCCGCCGUUGAUGAUCCCACGUCAAAGAGGCGGCAGCAGCAACUCUAUCGAGACUUCGAAGCGGCGCGCUUGUCUGCGCUGGAGAUCCACGUCGUUGACACCGCGCACAUUCUCGUGUUUCUCCCAUCCUCCGAGGAGUCCGCCACCCUCCUGCAGGCCAUGGCAGACGACAGCAACGACGGCGUUACGUGGCGUGUGUGGGACGCGUUUCAGAGCGCCGAAGGCGGCCCACAGCUGAAACUUUCCGAAUCGCUGCGACGGCUGGUUGAGGAAAUCACUCGCGCACCCGCGGACGGAUCGGCGACGUCGUUUUCCGUCUCUUCCUCCUCUUCUGUGCGGCGGCGCGAGAGCAGCGUGCCGGGGACGACGCAUGAGGUGACGCUGUGGACGGCGCGAGGCAGCGCCGCAGCUGUGCACGUCGCGUUGACGAAAAGCAGCCGACUCUCGCCCUACCGCACCUCCUCACCCACGGCUACGCCGCCUUCUACGUGCCGUCUCACGAUCGAGCCGGUCGAGGAAACGGCGGAUGCGGUGUGGGUGCGCAUUGGUGUGCUGUCACAGCCCAGUGCAGAAGACGCGAUGUCGGGACUGCACAACGCCUCUCAGGAGCCAACGGCCGAUGCACCGGCGCAGCAGCAGCAGCGGCAUCCUGCGACGCAACGCGAAAGCUGUCUGCGUGAUAUUCUGAUGGCCCUCGCUGCACACCCCGCGGUGCGUUGGGUGGAGGAGUCGUACCGAUGGCCAGAGAUGCUCAAUAAGGUGGUGACGAAAGUCAUCCAGCAGGGGAGCUGCGGCAGCUACUCCUCGCGAGCGAACGCCUACGCCGUCGACAACACGGAGGCGGACCGCAACGUCCCACUGUGGGAUCGCGGCCUCAACGGCACCGGCGAGAUCAUCGCGAUUGGCGACAGCGGCCUCGACACGGAGAGCUGCUACUUCCACGACCCGGCGGAGGCCAUCGCCUACUACCCCCAAGUCAACCUUCGCCACCGCAAAGUGAUCUCGUAUCAGGCGUACGUGUCGGCCGAUGGCGUGGUAGAUUCGACGGACCGGCCGAAGGGACACGGCACGCACGUCGCGGGCAUCGCGGCCGGCUACGUGUUGCCCACAACGUCGAGAGAGUCCACGUCGACGACGGCCCUCUACAACGGCGUCGCACCCGGCGCGAAGCUGUUCGUGCGGGAUAUGAACGACGGCACCAGCACCCAUCUCUCUCUGCCCUCCAACUUGCAAGAGAUCUUUGAGAGCGCCUACAACGUCGGGGCGCGUAUCUCCUCCAAUUCGUGGGGCUUCAAGACCAAGGCGAAGAGCUACCUGGCGGUGGAGAAGAUGUUCGACACCACUGUGGCGGAGCGGCGCGACUUACUCAUCCUCGCUGCGGCCGGAAACUCCGGCAAACAAAAUGUAUACGUCCCCGCACGAGCGAAGAAUGUGUUGACCGUCGGCUCGCAUCUCAACUCCCUUCUCUCCACACUGCAGAACACAGUGCCAGAGGGCUCGGCGUACGGCGUCACCUACGAUAAGCGUCGUAAGCCGGACCUCGUCGCACCGGGCGGCGGUGGCGGUGACAAAACCACCGUCGUCUCUGCCAUGGCUGGCACGGUGCCGAUGUGUGCGACGACACCGUUGUACGGCACGUCGAUGGCCACGGCGGCAGCGGCAGGGGCGGCGGCAGUGGUGCGACAGUACCUGCGUGAGGAGUGGAAGUUCGCCGACCCGUCUUCGGCGCUGCUGCGUGCUGCCCUCCUCCACAGCACCACUGCGCUACCGCACGUGGACCCGUUGCGCAGUGGCUUUGGCCGGCUGGACCUCUCCCACCUGCUGUCGCACAGAAAUCACACCGUCGACAAGCGUCUGCCGCCGCUGGAGCAGUGGUUUGCGGAUGAUGCCGUGGUGCACGACGACGAGGUGCACCAAUUCUGCUUCGCGCUUACUGGUUUGUCUGCCUUCCACGACAGCAUCAUCGGUGAAGGGAUGACGGAGCAAGGCGGGAGCAGCUGCAGCUGGGAAGCCUCGCUCACCGUGACGGCGACGUUGGUGUGGAACGACCCGGGAACGGCGGUGGAGGGCUCGGUGCGGAGUCAGGUGCACGACCUGGACCUGAUGCUGACGACGCCGCACGGGCACACCUUUUUCAGCGGCGCCGACGGAGUGACAAGGGAGCGGUUUAACACGGUGGAGCAGGUGCGCGUGCCCCUCUCCGGCGAGCGCAACAGCAGCAGCGCACAGGCCAAUACGUCCGUAGCGGCGUGGGUGCACGGAUUUCGUGUACUCGUGCGAGGGGCGGAGGUUCGCAGUACUGCGGGGCAGACCUUCGCGCUGGCGGUCACCGGUCCGGGCUUAGCGUUCGUGCCGGAGUGCUCGACGCUGUUUGAGCAGUGGCGCACGACACCCACCGCCCCCGCGGGCCGUGAAAGGGAAUCCAAUGCGAUAUCUAGUGCGUUUCCUUGUCCGAUGAACUGCACGGGCCACGGCACGUGCGACAUGAAGUCGCUGCUCUGCCUGUGCGAGCCGAGCUACACUUCUGUGGACUGUGCGGAGUGCAACCCGGCGGCGCUGUGCAACGGCCACGGCACGUGUGACACGGAGACGAUGACCUGCACCUGCAACCCGCGCGGCCACUUCGCGGAUGCGCGCUGCGCCACCUGUCAGGCAGGUUGGUACGGCCCCGACUGCGCGUCCACCUGCACUUGCCUGCACGGCGGUGUCUGCGAUACGGCAACGGGGCUUUGCUCGUGUGUGCAGGACACGGCGCUCCACAGUCACGGGAAAGGCUGCUUUCAAGGGUCGGAAUGCCAGUACUGCUGCGACGGCUUUGGCGGGCCGGCGUGCAACCGGCGCAGCUACUGGUGCAACACGACAGGCGAGCUGGUUGUGGUGGACGACCCGAACGGCGGCUUUAUUCAAAUCAACGACUUCAAGUCAUACGGUUUUAGCCUCACGUGUCGGUGGGCCAUUCGCGCGCAGCCGGGGCAGCAAAUUCAGCUGGAGUUCAUCUCCUACGAUAUGGUGCAGAGCGACGCCCUGUAUGUGUACGACAUCGUGCCGAACCCCGCCGCGGCGUCGGUGGCGCAGGCGCAGCGCCGGCAAGUCCGAAAAUUGACCGGCUCCAUGUCCGGUCCGCUGCCGGUGACCACGUCCACCGCCGCGCAGAUGGAUCUGGAAUUUGUGUCGGACUGGGACAGCUCGGGGAAGGGCUUUGUUCUCUACUACCGUUUUACCUCGUGCAGUGAGAAGUGCCGACUGACGAAUCUCACCGGCCCUGUGGGGCACUGGGCGUGCGGGGACACGUUUGGACUCCCGGCAAAGCAGUGCAUCUGCGAGCCACCUUAUGUGGGCUGGAACUGCGAAGAAGGCGCCUCGGAUAUUAGCCUGCUCAGCCGCGAGCUGAGUGCGCUGCAGAUUGCGAACAAGCGCGCCUGGCAGGACGGCGAGCUGGCGUGGAUGCUGCCGCGCUCGGUGCUAACCGCUGUUGAAGUUCGACUGCCGGUGCAGCUGACCACUACCGGCGCUGCUGCAGCCGAUGGUGAUACAUCGGUGCCUCUCGCUGUUGCCUGGGAACGGUGGCGAUCGCCGAACGUGCUCUUGCGGCAGCUGACAGUCCCCGUCGCGGGUAUGGCACGACUGCCGCUGGUUGUGCACGGCUUCAGUGAAGUACAGCUGCCGCUGCUGACGCUGCCCACGCCCGCCUUUUUGGGAUUGAGCAGCGCAGCGGCGGGCACAGCCUUGGGCGGCGGGGAAACGGAGAAGCGUCUCCCGGUCACGGCGCAGCUCCAGCUGCGGGUGCAACUGCAGGUGGAUGCCGCGUGGCUGGACAACGACGCCAGUGCACUUGAGUUGACCCUCGGUGUCUCCGCAGCGACGGAGGUUGGGGUGGGGUCACGUGCGUCUGCCAAGGGCGACAAUGGCGCCCCUUUUGUCUUCUUCAACUUCGCAAAGGAUGGACGUGCGGGGGACACCACAGAAGCGGCGGCCACCGUAUUCUACGGUGACACCACCACCCCUCUCUCGUUGAACGCCUUCACGUUUACCCCGAUGGCGCUGCAAAAGUUGUUUUACUGCGCUGAUGUGCCGAUGGUGGAGAUUGCGGUGCCGCUGAACUUGCUGACCAACGUCUCUGCCCCAUCGAAUCCCCCCUCCUCUUCCCCCAUUGAGACGACGGAGGCCGCUGCUGGUGGUGGUGGCGGUGGCGGCGGCGGCGUAAGAGAGGCGGAGGCGGCGGCGGAGGAGUCGCACUGGACCACGCGCGUCGUCUUCACACUGUUGUGGAAAGACGCCGCGGGCCUGAAGGUGCCGAACGUGUCAGUGGUCGACGCCGUCGUAUUCGCCCACGAGGUCGUCCUGACAAAGAUGGUGCCCAUGGUCGCGGCUACCGGCGAGCUGCCGGCUGCGGGGUCGACGGUGCGAGGGGCAGCUGUGGAGGUGUCCUGCCACGCCGUCGCACGCGUGCCCGUGCACACCGGUGAGCAGGUCGUCGAGGCGACGACGCUGCCGGCCGCGGCGCCGACGCGGGUGUUCUCGACGGUGCGCUUUGUCGUGCUGUUUUUCGCCCUCUGCGUCGGUAUGGUGAGUGGGACGGUGUGGGUGUUGUGGACACAAGAUCGCCGCCGGACUACGUACGCGACGGUGCAGACUGUAGACGAGGGGCUAGAUAUGCCGGUGAUUGGGAAACGAGGUUAG